AUGGCUAUGCCAGAGGAAUUACGUUUAAAAAAUUUCGACUUGAAUCAUCCCGAGCCACGUGUUUUUGUCAAGCCGCAGUGGGGCAAUGAUGCCUUUUAUUUUGGCUGGCGUAUAUUCUGGGCUUUGUACCAUACUUGUUGGAUAGUUGCUAAUGGAAGUCUAAAUUACCAGCAGGCCAGUUCAGAAGCCAACCGUAUUAAAUGGUUUGUGUAUUUAACCAACUGGACGUAUCUUGUGUUAACGUUGGAUAACCUCGUUCAGCUCUUCACAGUUAUUUAUGUUCAUACUCGUAGAAAGGAUAUACUCAAAGGUGUUGGUGAAAUGCCAUGGUAUAUGAAGUUGAUGUGGGUUCUAUUUAAUAUAUCAGCAACUGGUUGUCUUGUUGUUACAAUUCUUUUCUGGAGUUUAUUAUUUCCAGCUAUCAACAAAUUAAGCGCUACGACGUUUAAUGUCCACGCAGUCAAUUCAAUUAACGUAGCUUUAAAUUUAGUAGUUACCCGUUUACCAACUAGACUUUAUCAUUUUUAUCAACCAAUGUUAUACGGAUUGGUGUAUGUAGUAUUUAAUGCUGUAUAUCAAAGCCUCGGUGGAACCAAUGCGAAAGGCCAACCGUACAUAUAUCCGGUAUUGGACUGGAAAAACAAGCCUACUUUAGCAAUAAUAAUAGGAGUUACCAGUGUCCUAGUAGCAGUGCCAGUUCUCCAUACCAUAAUUUUCCUGAUUUCAUUAUUACGACGACAUAUAAACAAACAGAUACAAAGACAUAUUUCGAUGGAAACUUUAUAUAAUUCGGAAACAAAACAUAGACAAUCAGAUUAUGAAAUGGGGGGCAAUGUGAACAAUGUGGCAGAACAACCUGAAGAUUAAUAAAAUGGGGCCAUUAUGCAAUGGGGUGGGGCUAUGUCCAAAGACACUAAUGUAUUAUUUAAAGCACAUUUUAUUUUCAUUAUUUAACGUGGCAGUGAAGAUUAUCGUCACAAAAUAUCAUUCAAGCAUUCAAACCUUAAGAAUACUUUAUGUUGCUAUUUACAAAUUAGGAUGUUGAAUGUCCGUAUUCCGGCAAGAUCCGAAUAGGAAAGUGUAUCUA